AUGUCGGGAGAUAGUGAAAUUGAUGAUCCUGACGUUUCAGAUGGCGGGUCGGAGAAUGAGUAUAGUGAGCAUGAGCAAGAGCUUGAUGUAGGCAAGGAGGAAGACGAUAUGGCCGAACAGAAGUUCGGACCCGGUGGUGAGGAGAAUGGAAAGGAUGGAACGGCGGCUACAAAGCCAAAGCUCGACCCGAAGGAUCCAUUGAGGCCAAGGAGGAAGAAGGCUAGGAGAGCCUGCUUUGCAUGCCAAAGAGCCCAUUUGACCUGUGGCGAUGAGCGUCCUUGCCAACGUUGUAUAAAGAGAGGUCUUGCGGAUGCUUGUCAAGACGGAGUUCGGAAGAAGGCAAAAUACCUUCAUGAUGCCCCUCCAGAAGCUCUGCGACCAGUUUUAGGACCAAACUACAACCAAGUCAACAACGCGAGAAACAACGGCCCUCCAACGACGAGCACCUCUGCCUCUGAUACCUCUCCAAUUGGUGGCUUUUUCACGCAACCAGAUAUCUCGCCAUCAUAUAACAUCUUCGCCGCUCCGCAACAACAAAUGCCUCCCCCGAUGCAGGCAAGACUUUCUUACGGAAGCCAACAAUCACCUCUAUCUCCCACCUUCCAGAACCAGUUGAACCGCCAAUCGAUGUCGGGACUUUCUCAUGUAUCGAAUGAUCCCCAGCCUUUUGGCAGCGCGUUAUUCGACCCGAGCAACCCCGCAUUGUUUAACUUUGAUUUGGAAGGCUUGAAUUUUGGAAAUCAUUACGGUGCAUUGGAGUUUGGCAUGUUGAACCAUAUGUCCUCUGGGGCUGCUGAGACACCAUCGAAGGAAUCAAUCUCUUCAGUUGGGAUGGGCGAUAUUCAUUACAACAACGGACAACAAGUUUACAAUGUGGGCCAAUUCGGACAAGUGUAUCCUCAGGAUAUGCUUCCCGAUUUUGCAGGGCAGAACCAGAUGUUUAAUGUUCAUCAAGGCCUACCCCAUGCAUACGCCAUUGCUACAGGACCAACGAGUCAUCAAAGUCCGAGCACAGAUGCGAGUCCAGGAGCAAGUGGUUUGGGAUUUGACAGCUCGCCAACCACUACAAAUUAUACAUCUGCUACUACGCCACAUCAAUCAACUGCCGCCCAACGACCAGCAAAGCGACAAGAUACAAAGGCUCCGUCGGGUAAAUUUGGACCAGCUUCCGUUCUUGGCAAACGCUCUCGCGAUCCUUCAUCCAUCUAUGAUACGGUCCACGAGCCUUACCCCUAUACAACUGGCUUCCAUAGCUUAACUGCAUUCCUUCAGCGACGCUUCUCUGCCAGCAAAACUCUCCGCAUCGCCAAAGCCCUGGCUUCUAUCCGACCCUCCUUCAUCUCCUGCACCAAGACCCUCGGUAGACAAGACUUAAUCUUCAUGGAAAAGUGCUUCCAAAGAACCCUCUUCGAAUACGAGCACUUCAUGAUCGACUGUGCCACACCGACCAUUGUCUGCCGCCGAACAGGCGAGAUCGCCGCCUCCAACCGAGAGUUCACCCUGCUCACAGGCUGGAAGAACAACGUCCUUCUAGGCAAAGACCCGAAUCUCAACAUCAACACCGGCAGAAGCAACUCUGAAGGAGGUAGUUCCGGACCCGCAAGUCUGGGCAAUUCGGGGCGAGCAGGCCUCAGCACUCCUCGGAUGCGCUCAUUAAGUUUCGCAGACACUCAAGCCAAAGAAGGCAGGCUACAGCCUGCGUUUUUGGCAGAGCUACUGGACGACGAUAGCGUCAUCGAAUUCUACGAAGACUUUGCGCGUUUAGCAUUCGGCGACAGUCGCGGCAGCGUUAACAAAAAAUGCCGCCUCUUGAAAUACCAAUCCAAAGAAGAGCUCGAGAAUUCGAAAUCACCCGAGCAGAAAGACGGUACGCUGAAGACGCGGAAGCCCGAGCCGGCUGGUGGGAUUGGAGGUAUGGGGAAUAGAGUGAGAGAAAUUGAUGGCGAGCAUGGGAUUAAGAAUCGCACGAAGGAUGGGAAGAUUGAUUGUAGUUAUUGCUGGACGGUGAAGAGGGAUGUCUUUGAUAUCCCGAUGUUGAUUGUUAUGAACUUCCUUCCCUGCAUCUAA